CGUUGUAUUUGCUUCGAGAAUAGCGUACACGAAAUAUACGAGAUGUAUUACGGUAUCUGUUGGCUAUGCGCAUUACUUGCUGGAGGACAGUUAAUAGAGGCGACGACGAAGGCGCAUCGCUCUUAUCGCGACGAUGCGCAUCCCGGCAAGUGCACGCUCAAUGAGACAGUUAUCCUCUCACCAGGUGAAUCUGAGAUAUCGACGGAGUUUUGUGGGCGCUAUGAUUGUUUAAAUAGAGAGGGUGUUGUCGAAAUUGCCAUUUGCGGUAUCCAUAGGCCCUCAGAAGGCUGCGAAUGGGGCGAUCCUAAAGAUGAGAACGCGCCAUACCCAAAAUGUUGUGAACGCUACCAGAUAUGCGCCUAGAAAACAAAAUAAAACAGUGGCAUCAUGUUGAUAUUUGGUUAUUCAAUUGUAAAGUUCAUUUAAUAAAGUAAUUUUAUUUUUCUGGUUUAUUGCA